GAGCAUGGAGCAUCGUGUUCGUGAUUUGGCGUUUUGGUUAGUUUUCGUUUUGAAUGUUGUGGUUUCUGGUCAAACUGUUUCAUUGUUCGGUGAUGCACCAAGGGACUAUAAUGAGAGAACAAAUAUGAAAGACUGUCCAACGCGCUUCUAUUCGAAGCCUCAUCCAAAGGGAAAUGGAGAAAUUCAACCUCCUUCGAAGCCGCAGCCAAUGGGCAAGAUAGCAGAACCUACCGCUACUACGCAGGUUUUCGGUGGUGUACAGGCCUUCGCCGAUGAUUUCACGCACAUGGCUGCUAUCGGUUGGACUAGAUCCAGUGGAAAAAUUGACUACCUCUGUGGUGGCAGUUUGAUCACCGAAGUGUUCAUACUGACUGCCGCACACUGCAAUUCUGAUUUUGAAAAUAAUGCUCCUGAUACCGUCCGAAUUGGAGAUGCUGAUUUCAAUAGCUCAGUGAACGAUUUCUUAGCUCAGCAGAUCGGUAUCCGACGAAUUAUAGAGCACCCACAGUAUCGCGGCUCUCGCAGCUAUUUCGACAUAGCGCUAAUUGAGCUGGUAGAACCCGCUAUAUUCAAUGCAGCGGUAUGUCCUGCUUGCUUAUGGCGAGAGCCUGACCUUCCUACCGAGCGCAUGGAUGCCAUUGGAUUUGGUGUAACCGGUUUUGGAGAAGACCUUAGUCCAACCUUACAGCGCGCACUGCUGGAGAAGAUCGAUUUAAACAACUGCUCUGAGAGAAUAGCUCAUCAAAGAUCGAUCCCCGAUGGACUCAGAGACGAUCAAUUUUGCGCUGCUGGGAACAACAUGGAUACUUGUGAAGGAGAUUCCGGGGGUUCGAUAGGAGUGAAGCGGCCGGACGUUCGAGGCAACGUGAUUUCAUUAAUUGCUGGAGUUGUUUCGUUUGGAACACCGUGCGGAGUAGGAUCAACGGGGGUGUAUACCCGAAUCGGCGCCUAUAUCGAUUGGCUUGAGCAAGAGACAAAUCGAUCGUUAAGCUAUGCAGUAUGUACACAAAGCUUCAAAUGUCCCAAAAGGAAGAUGCAGGAAGUACCUCUUAAAUUUGACCCUUACCCCAUUUAUCGUUUCGGACUAUUGUGGAACGAAGAAGACACAUCGGUGUUUGAGUGCGGUGCCACAUUGAUCGACUACCAGUUCCUGCUGACAUCAGCCCAGUGUGUAACUUCACGAAAAGGAUACCCAAAGUUUAUUGGAUUUAAAAGCGACGAACUUCCUGAGAGAAUUGGCGUUACUGACGUCUAUGUGUCCCCAAAAUAUAAACCGGACAGACCAGAAAACGAUAUCGCACUGGUGAAGGUCGAAAAUGUUCUCAAUACGGACUAUUUCCGACCAGCCUGUCUCUGGGAUCGUCGUGUCGACGGAGACUGGGGAGUUCCGCGAUUCCGGGCCUUUGGAUCAUCGAUUUACAACAAUACAAUGUUGUUUACACAUGAUACCAUCGAAAUCUUUCAUUCAUCAAUGGACGCUUUAAAAACCACAAAUUAUCCCAACACCGAUUUGGUUUCCUUUGACCAAAGUAUCAACCUAAUGCCAGGUGUAUGUUCGAUCGAUUAUGGUGCAUCUGCAAUUAGUGGAACUAACUGGAAUACGCCGAUUUUUACAUACGGUGUUAUGUCAAUUCUGAGCAGGAAUUGUACAUCUAAUUUGUAUGUAAACGAUAUCACACCGCACAUCGAUUGGAUAGAAGCGAUAGUGGUGAAAGGCCGUGAUCAAGCGCAUGUAUUCUCCGAUUAGAAUGAAUGAUCGAAAACAUUUAUUAGAUGCUGCCACACGGAGCGAAAAUUUGCGCGCAAAUUUGCACAUUAAUGCCAAAAUGUUUUCGCUUCGUGUGGCAGGCGUAAAACCCCGAAAAUUUAUGCCGAAAUGUCAAACGUAUUGUUUUCAUCUGUGUUUUGGCCGCUGAAGUUGAU